AUCGGUGGUUCAAGCAGAUAUUGGCCAUGAGCGACCACAGCGACACGGAGCAGGCUGAAGAAAUCCACGUCGACGAGCGCCGUGCACCCAAGCGCUUGGGUGAAGACUCGAGAGAUGGAGGCAGAAAGGGUACCAAGAAACAAAAGACCAAGAACGUCGGCAAGUACCUUCGUCCAGCGCCAGAAGGACAAGUCAUUCGGACCACCAAGGACAAAAAGCUAAAAGGGGAAUUGGCGCGUCACAACAAAAAGUUCCAGGAAGCCGCAGUGUCAGCCGCCAAGGCGGAAAUCCUCCUCCCUGAGGAAGCCGGUGUCUUGACAGCGGAAGGUUUAGAAAAGACGUAUAGGUUCACACAGCAGCAGCUGGCAGAGCACGUCGAUCGGAACACAGUGCAGAAGAUGUUUCACUUGGACUUGCCCACGUUUGGGCCGUACAACAUCGAUUACACCAAGAACGGUCGAAAUCUCAUCUUGGGUGGUCAAAAGGGCCAUUUGGCCGUCUUCGAUACGCUGCGCAUGAAUCUCAGCUGCGAAUUCCAUGUGAAGGAAUCGGUGCGCGACGUCAAGUUCCUCCACAACAACUCGUUAUUUGCAGUUGCGCAAAAGAAAUAUGUCUACAUUUACGACAACACGGGCGCCGAAGCGCACUGCAUUCGCACAAUGGCCGACCCGAAGCGCAUGGCGUUCUUGCCCUACCAUUUUUUGCUCUCGUGUGUCAGCGGCAACGGCCUCUUGAGCUACAAUGACAUCACGACGGGGACUCAAAUCUCGACACACAAGACAAAGCUCGGCGUCUGCGACACAAUGGCCUUGAACCCAUGGAAUGCAGUGGUGAACCUUGGUCAUGCUAAUGGACUUGUGACAUUGUGGACACCCAACAUGCCCGAUCCAGUCAUCAAGAUGCAGUGCCACCAAGGCCCCAUUCGAGGCAUGGCGGUGCACAUGGAUGGCAAGUACUUGGCAACCACCGGCAGCGAUCGCAAACUCAAGAUUUUUGAUCUGCGCACGUACAAGGAACUUCAUCAGUACUACUUGAGCUCGGGUGCGACGACCGUAGACAUCAGUCAUCGCGGCAUGGUGGCUGUUGGCUUUGGCCCGACGGUGGAAGUGUGGAAAGAUGCGUUGACAACGAAGGCGUCGAGUCCAUACAUGAUCCACCGCAUGCCGGGGACUCAAGCCACGAGCGUCCGCUUUCGCCCGUUUGAGGAUGUGCUCAGCAUCGGUCACGCCCUCGGUUUUGCCAACAUCGUCGUGCCAGGCGCGGGGGAGGCCAACUUCGAUUCUUUCGAAGCGAACCCAUUCGAAACCCUCAAGCAGCGCCGCGAAACGGAGGUCAAGUCGCUGUUGGAAAAGUUGCGUCCGGAAAUGAUUACUCUCAACCCGAUGGUGAUCGGCCGCGUCGACAUGAACGCGAACGACGAGUACGAAGAGAAGGUUGCGACGCAGUACAAAGCCAACAACGAAGGCCGCGAGAAGCCCAAGAAAAAGAUGCGCGGAAAGAACCGACCAUCGCGCCGAUUGCGGAAAAAACAGCAGAACGUUGUCGAUAUCGAAAAGCAAAAGUACAGGGACAUGCUCGAGAGCAAGGCCAAAGACGACGCGCGGGCCAAGCAGGCGGCCGAGUGGAAACAAAAGAUGGACUCAGUCCCGACCGCGCUCAACCGGUUCUACAAAAAGUAAACAGCGAUUCCAUGUAUAAACAUUGUCUCAAGUUCACGCUGCACGCGCAUGCAAGUCGCACUAUGCCCCUGCGAGGCAUGGCCUCAUGAGCAGCACUUGUGAAGUUAGAUUUGCUUAUAAUGCAGUUGUCGAGAUUUGAAGAGA